AAACAUUUCAUAGCAAUUAUUAACUGGUUUAACGGUUCGAUAGGAAAACUGUUAACGGAUUUAAGUAAUUGAGUUCUUCGACAGAAAUGAGUGUCAAUCCCAUCAAAUGGAAGACCAAAAAAUCUAAGACAAAGAAGACAACAGUUUUGAGUAAAAAGAAGUCGACUAAAAGUGUUGAAAUAAACUUUGUUUUAGAGAAUUCAAACGAUGAAAGGAAAGUAUGGAUGGAAAAGCUGUUUGAUCUUCAAAGAAACGCCGUUUUCGUCGACUCCAAUAUCGUGACCUCAGACUUCCAGAAGUUCCCCAUUGAUCGCAAUCUCUUUGCAGCCAUCAGUCCAUACUUUAUGGCUCUCUAUUCAAAUGAAUUGUAUUCAGAAAAUCAGAAUCAAGAAGUGUUUUUACCGGACAUCUCAUCAGAGAUCAUAAAAAUCAUUAUUCAUUUUGUAUAUACGGGACAACUGAUUGGCAUUAAUGACCACAAUAUUGAAGCACUUAUUCAGGCAGUGAAUAGACUUCAGAUCAAUGGUGCGACCGAUUAUUGCUAUGAAUAUUGGAUCAAAUCGUUAAACAUAAAGAAUUGCAUUCGUAUCUAUCAAAUGUCACGAAUCCUUUUUGCCACUCAAGUCAUCGAAAAAUCAAAAGAAUUUAUUCUUUACAACUUCACUGCAAUUUGCACCGAAUGUCCAGAUUUUUAUUCACUUAAUAGAGACGAAUUGGCAGACCUUUUAAGUGAUGACCGAUUGAAUGUAAGCAGAGAAGAGUUUACAUAUUCAGCGCUUAUUUCUUGGAUUUCGGCUAACAAUCAACGCGUCCAACAUUUUGAUAAAUUGCUUAAAAUGGUCCGCUUUGGCAAUUCAUCUCUUAAAUUUGUUGAAUCGACUGUCAGAGAGAAUAUUCUCGUAAAGGAUAAUCAAGAGCUGAGUUCUUAUAUGAAUAGAGUUUACGACACUUUGAGUGAUAUUCACGCAAAUCCAUUGCCGUCAAAGUUUGACAUUCAUUUACAUCCGUUUUUGAGACCAAGAAUUCCUCGAGAUAUCCUCUUUGUCUUUGGCGGUUGGAGUGCCUCUAAUGCCAUCAACAACAUUGAAACCUAUGAUUGUAGGGUCAAUAAGUGGUAUAACAUUGAUAAUCAGUGCUUAAUUCAAGCGCCUUAUCGUUCAUAUCAUGGCUUACUUUCAUUUAAUGGUUUAAUUUAUGUCAUCGGAGGCUUUGAUGGUCGACAACAUUUCAAUACCGUUUUUGCCUUCAAUCCAUUGAUCAGAACUUGGUCUGAGAAGUCCUGUAUGCAUACUCCGAGAUGUUAUGUAAGUGUUGCAGUUUGUGAUGGAUUCAUAUAUGCAAUGGGAGGAUUUGAUGGAAGUGUUAGAACCAGUUCUGCAGAGAGAUAUGACGUGAAGACAAAUCAGUGGCAAUUCAUUGCUCAUAUGAAUCACGCGAGAAGUGACGCGUCUGCGACAUCAAUGGGCGGAAAAGUUUUUAUCGUCGGAGGCUUUAAUGGCAGUGAAGUGCUAAGAAGCGCUGAAUUGUACGAUCCGGAGACCAAUGAGUGGACACUUAUAGUACCAAUGAAUACUCCAAGAAGUGGCGUCCAAUUGGUUUCUUAUGCUAAUCAAUACUUGUUUGCUAUCGGCGGUAAUGAUGGCAACACAAGACAGACAAGUAUUGAAAAAUAUGAUACUCACACAAAAAGUUGGACACAAUUGACUAAUAUGUCUACUCCUCGAUCCAACUUCGCGUGUGCUGUACUUGAAAACAUCAUUUACGUGAUCGGAGGCUUCAAUGGAACGACAACUAUAGCCGAAGUGGAGUCCUAUAAUCCGGUGACCAAUAGUUGGCAAGAAAUGUGGCGAAUGGGUCAACACAAGAGUGCUUUAAGUGCUUGUGUUGUCAGUGAACUGUCCAAUAGCCAGAUAUAUACGUGGCUCCGACGGGAACUCAAUAUCAAUGCCAAUCGAUCACAAAUCACCACAAGAAGACCAAAUGCCACAAAUUAGUUACCCAUUUGUUUCAAAGAGUCUAAAAACUAAUUAUA